AUGGCGUCGGGAGGAACGGGCCCUAGCGAACUACCUGGAGAAGGACCAUGCAACAGCUCUUGAUUUUCUGGUUUCUUGCUGUGCUAGGACGUUGAACGUAAUCUUUGGUUCCAUAUAUACCCAUAAUAUGCCAACAAGCAGGCAGAAAUGCACUAGUCAUGCGAUCCAAGAGUGCAUAGACUAAUGCAUACGGACCUUUCGCAGAUUACACGAUCGACAUCUCCUUCGACGGCUUUCCUUCCGAGUUCGUUCCUUAAUGUAAUAUCCUAAUGCAGAGAACGGCGAAGAUUGAUCGCCAUUACCAUUUCCGCAAUGGCUUUGACAAAUCAUGUGUAUGUUUGCACCAUUAGAUGUUAUUCGCUACCUAUCUACUUUCAAACUCGGUCGAACUCAUCAGGGCCAGGCCAUCAAGACGCACGAAACGACACAAACUCUGCCCUUUUCAAAUAAUCUGUUCUUUACUAUCGACGUGUCCACAAUAAUGCGUUGGUGUACUUACUGUGGCAAGCCUUUCACAAGAGACGAGCAUCUCGAGAGGCAUAUUCUUACUCAUAGCGAGAUCAAGCCAUACAAAUGUUGCUAUUGCCACAUGUCCUUCGCCCGGAGGGAUCUCCUUCAACGUCAUUAUACAGUCCACGGCAAAGACCAUAACAAUCAAGAAGUCUUACCACCCAACAACGGAAUGAUCGUGAAGUCAGCAGGGAGAACACCUAAGGCAUGCACCAAUUGCGCAAAGACAAAGACGAAGUGUGACAAUAAGUUUCCAUGUAGUCGCUGUAAAAGCCGUAAUCAAGUAUGUGAGAUGCGACCAAAUCGCAGAGCAUCAAAGCAAACAGCAGUUCAAGUGGAGACGCAUCAAAAGGAAAUAUCUACUUGCGGCAAAGCAGCCACGGAGGGGUUAAGUCCACAAGACCGAUCCAGCUCGAGCUCACCAACACGAUGUGAGAAUCAGGAACAACAAGAUACCUCCAAAAAGACUUUAGCACACGAAAAGUUGUCGGUACGGGAUUCACAAAGGGCCUUGAGUGGGCAGACAAUGUUUGGGGAUCAUGCACCAGCCACAUCUUCACACGAAAUCAUGGUAUCCGAGCUGCUGUCUCCUGCACCGGAACCUAACGACUUCGGCAACGAAAAUCGCUAUGAUGGUAGUCUCUUACAAGCAGGAUCAUCGGGUAGCAAUCCUGAUCGUUCAAAUAGUUCGGCUUUUUUCAUGGACUGGUCACAACUGCAGAUGAAUGGAGCCUACACAUCAGAACUGAUGAAUCCAGGAGAUAUGGACUUUGGCAUAAACUUCCUGAAUACGGAAACCACUGAUGAAAUGCUCGAUGUCAAUCCCCACUUCUCUCAUGCCAUACCUACACCGCUUCAUACGCCGCGUAUGGAACAUUCGUUUGCGUCAGAUAUCGAUAUGUCUUGUAGUACGAAUACUGCACAUUCGGUCUUCUUCGCCUCACGUCCAAUUCCUUCCCCACGACAGCCAUCUGUCUGCGACUCAUAUGACUCUGGUGUUUCGGGCUUUACACCAGUCGGCCCAGCUCAAGACCUUGAAUGGACAAUGUGUCGUUACACACCGCCUUUGCCAUCACAUGCGGUACCCAAAACGCUACAGGCAAGUUUAAAUCGCCUUUCAGCGAGUCUCCAAAAUCACGAAGUAUGGAGCAACUGGCAACCAGCAUGGGAUGAGGAAGGCGCUGCAAGUGACGAUCGAAUUGUAAUCGUUCCAUUGCACGAAAGCACCAGAGAUAAGCUUCUUGCCAUUACCCAGGCCUUCCUUCACAAAGCAUUUGAAACACAUAGAAAUGGUUUCAGCGGUCCUAUCGCGGAGAUGUCAUCAAUGCCUAUUCUCCGCGCGGCAUUAAUUUUCAUCAUCCAAGCAGCUUGGAGCGGCGAUAAGUGGCAGACUGACGUUGCCAUGAGCCGGCGAGGAAUGUACCUUGCAAUGCUGGGCCACUCGGGUAUGCUCAGUGAAGCCCCAACACAAAGCCAGGCGCUGUCACAUAACCUACAGAGCACGGUGCUGGAGGAAUCAUGGAAGGAUUGGGUCAAGCAGGAGGGUCGGAGUCGUCUGAUCUAUUCGUGGGUUAUGGUCGACCAAGACUUGGCUCUCUUUCAUAAUUCAGCUCCGCUACUCAAUGUCAGCGAUUUCGAAAUUCCCAUGCCCGAUUCUGACCAGCUUUGGCACGCCAAAUCAGCACAGGAAUGGUCCACUAUCAUGCUAGAGCGUUCCAAAGGAGCCCAUACACACACGAGACCCUCCUCUCUUCGCACGCUUUUAGGUCGAUUCUUGGACAACGAUCUUGUUGCGCAGAGUCUCGCUUUGACGCCGCUACAACUUCGCCUCCUCUUACAUCCGCUCCAGUCGUCGGUAUGUAGCUACACACAGCUGUCGAUGUGUUGUUCCGAUCCGCUUCAUCUAGAUGUCCCUGCUACCACCUCGACGCUUGACCAGUUCAAAGAGGUGCAGACGUUACUCCAGAGGUGGUACAAACUCGCUAAGUCUUACCUGGAUCGAAACCGGCUAUGCACCAUCAUGCAAGUCAAUCUUAUCAUGUUCCAUCUCAUAUCCUUGAAUGCGGUUACCAACUUUGCUGAAAUCGAAAAGCUUGCACGCCGCGAAGGCUUCGACGGGACUUAUCAGCAGGUCUUGUGGCUACACAAGCGCUGUAUAACGAAUGUCGAAGAGGCUAUAUUCCAUGCUGGUCAAGUCCUUCGCCUGGUGCGGAAUAUGGCGCGGAGCAUACGCCCCCCCUGGUGGUCUGGGGCCAUAUAUCGAGUAGCGUUGAUUCUGUGGACCGAUGCUUUGCGACACAACGAUUCGACUAGCAGUCCCAGCUUUAAUGAUAAUAAUGAUCUGCAAGGCAAUCUAGGCGCCAGUAACGGCAGUUUGUCUCGCCAGCCCGAACGGUUGCGCUCAAAUAAUCGCCUCUCUACCAACAAGCCGUCCAUCGAUAUUGCUGUGGACGCUCUGCCGGCUGAUCACCCUUUAAUAAUCCAGUAUACGACCAAGAAGGAGGGCACACCAGUGUUGACGAGUACAGAUGGCUCCCCAGUAGCCAUGAAUAAUGCCUUCGUCGUGCUCAGUCACUGUAUUGAUGUUCUUGACCAAGGAAUUCCCACGUUAUUCUCGGAUGGAAUUAGGAUUAAGCUGGAGCGAUUGACGAGGGAUUGACGAUAUCGUACUAUGAUAUAAUUAGCACCAACGUCAUGUUCGGAACGACCUUACGAAAUCUAGGAGGUAUAUUGUUGUUUAGCCAUCGUUACAAAUGCGACCGGCUUUUGUGUCUUGUGGAUAUGGUCGUAUACGUGUUUUGAUUUCAGCAGUUUCGUUGGAU